GGAGGGAGAGGGAUAUUCACUAACUAGAUAAAAAAAAAAUUAGUAGACAAAAAAUUUUUUAGGUUAAGAGAAGGGCAACACAUAACACAGGGAUGGUCAGUACAACUGGACUAAACCAAAAGCAAAUAAGCUUCCUGAAUACAACCAAAAAUCUUCAAAGGCCAGAGUAGCAGGGACAGAGGUCUGGGGACCAUGGUUUCAGGGGACAUCUAGGUCAAUUGGCAUAACAAAAUGUAUUAAGAAAACAGUCUGCAUUCUACUUCGGUAAGAGGCAUCUAGGGUCUUCAGUACUAGCAAGCGGCCAUCUAAGGUGCAUCAAUUGGUCUCAGCCCACCUGGAGCAAAGGAGAAUGAAGAACACCAAAGACGCAAGGUAAAUAUGAGCCCAAGAGACACAAAGGGCCACAUAAACCAGAAAAUCCAUCAGCCUGAGACCCAAAGAACUAGACGGUGCCCAGCUACCACCGAUCACUGCCCAUCCUGACAGGCAACACAGCAGAGAAUCCAUGAUGGAGCAGGAGAACAGUGAGAUGCAGAUCUUAAAUUCUCAUAAAAAGUCCAGGCUUAAUGGUCUGACUGAGACUGCAGAGACCCUGACGGUCCUUGUCCCCGAACCCUUUGAUAGGCCAAAACUGGAACAAUUCCUGAAAGCAACUCUACAGACAGGGAUUGGUCUGGGCUAUAAGAUAGACAACGAUGCUGGUGAGGAGUGAACUUCAUAACUCAAGUAGACACCUGAGACUAUGUGGGCAACUCCUGUCUGGUGGCGAGAUGAGAAGGAAGAGGGGACAAAAGCUCAUUGAGUGGACAUGGGGAGUUCAGGGUGGAGAGGAGGAAUGUGCUGUCUUAUUAAGGCAAGAACAGCUGGGAGUGCACUGCGGGUUAUGUAUGGCUUUUUGUAUGAGAGACUGACUUGAUCUAUAAACUUUCACCUAAAGCACAAUUAAAAAAAAAAAAUUACAGCCUUGGAAACACUAUGGGGCAGUUCUACUCUGUUCUGUAGGGUCACUAUGAGUCAGGAUCGACUCGUCGACAGUGGGUUGGGUUUGGUUUGGUUCUUAUUGAGGAGUCCCUGGAUGGCUCAAAUGGUUAAUGCCCUCAGCUGCUAACUGAAGAGUUGGCAGUUCAGGUCCAACCAGAGGCACCUCAGAAGAAAGGCCUGGCAUUCUACUUCCAAAAAGAUCAGCCAUUGAAAACCCUAUGGAGCUCAAUUCUACUCUGAGACGCAUGGGAUUGCCAUGAGUCAGAACAACUCAACAGUUUUUGGGGCACAUGGGAAAUAUAUCUUGCUACACAGCCAGCCAGUCAUGGCAACUGAAACUAAGGACCCAUCGAUGAAACCAGGUGCAUGCACAUCAUCAAUCUUAACAUUUGUGCAAAACAACCUGACAGUCUGGGAUGACAUGGUCCAUUGCUUCAGGUGAAAGCAAGAAAACCAUCAAUCAUUGACAUAACAAACAUUCCAAGAGUCAUAUUCCCAGGGGUUGACCAGGGGUUAGUCAUGGUUCCGGAUUCCCUUGGAGACAACAAGGAAGACCAACCAGAUCCCCUAUGUUAACUCUUUUCCCAAAAAAAUAACCAUUUUUUCUCUAGCAACUUGAGUAAGAAGUCCAUCUUCGCCCCAGUGAUUUGAGAUGACACUUUUACCAUAUUGUGACAUUCUGUAUGUAACUUGCAUCUAUUUCUGGAUUUUUUAUUCUAUUUCUGGCUUGUACACACAAUGUUUUAAUUCAACAGGCUUUAGAGUAUAUUUAAUGUUUGGUAGGGUUUGUCCAUCCCUGUAGCUUUUCUUUUGUAGUGUUUUACUGGUUAUUCUUGCAUGUUUAUUUUUUCUUAGGGAGUUAAGUAUCAACUUGUCUAUUUCCAUUAAAAAAAAAAAAAGCUUAUUUCUACAUGGCUUUAAACAUGGGAGUUCUUCACGGCUGGAUCCUCCUUUCUGCAUUUUUUCCCUUAGAUAAUUUCACCCAUUACCAUGGGAUUCAAAUACAAAUGACUAUCAGACUUCUAUCUCUAGCCAGCACCUCUCUUCUGAACUACAGGCUGGGCAGGAGCUGAUGCUUCAGUGCACAGUAGGAAUUUCUUCUUCCCCAGGGUAACCUCAAUUUUGCUCUUAGGCUUUUCAACUGACUGGAUGAGGUCCACCCAGAUUAUUUAAAGUCAACUGACUGUAAAUGUUAAUUACAUCUACAAAGUACCUUCACAGCAACAUCUAGCUUAGGGUUUGAUUGAAUAACUGGGUACUUUUUUUUUUGGCCUAGCCAUGGAGCCCUGGUGGCGUAAUGGUUAAUAGCUCAGCUGCUAUCCAAAAAGUUGGCAGUUUGAAUCCACCAGCUACCCCUUGGCCACCCUAUGGGGCAGUUCUACUCUGUCCUGUGGGGUCGCUAUGAGUCGGAAUCAACUCAAUAGCAACUAGUUUGAUUUUGGUUUGUAGCCUAGUCCCUGGAUGGUGUAAAUGGUUUGCACUCAAUGACUAACCUAAAGGUUGGUUGUUCGAACCCACCAAGCAGCACUAUGGCAAUCUGCUUCUGUAAAUAUUAAAGCCAAGAAAACUCUAUGGAGUGGUUGUACACUGUAGCACAUAAGGUUGCUGCAAGUCAAAAUCAACUUGAUGUCAAUGGGUUUGGUUUUUUGGUUUUUAUAGCCUAGCCGAGAUGACACAUAAAACUAACCAUCAUGCCAUAGGACUGACAAAGCCUGCAGAUAUUUCUGUUUACCAACUAAACUGACAUUACUCAAUAGCAGUAGUACAAGUUCAUAAUUCACUCAGCUUGCCAGCUUUGAAGAUAUGCAAUUCUUUAUUACAUAUAUAUUUUUAAUUUUGGCAUGUUCAAUAUUUCACAUUUCCCACAUAAAAUAAAACUUCACUAAUAUUUUCAUAUUAUAAUACUUCGAAAUUAUAGAAUAUUAUAAAAUGCACACAAAAUGCACUAUAGAUACACUUCUUUUGCCAGGUAGUUUUUACAGUGUUGAAAGGUUAGAAGCUGUGACUUCAAUGUAAUUAUGAGGAAGGUCUUACAGACUUAGGCCUUUGGAAAGCGAGUAUCUCCUGUGUCUAGGUCUAUCUCUUUCAAUCUUCCUCUGUCUUCAAUCACCCUCUUUCAAUACCCUAGACCAGUUCUCAUCCUCCUGCCUGUGUGAUCUACACCCUUCCAUGUAGAAAGAGAUACUUCCUUUCUUCCUUCUUGGGCCAUAUCAACUUUAAUAUGUCAGGUGCGACCAGACUUUGGGGACUGUAAAGCAGAGAAGUGGGCUGUGGUCAAGAAUCAGCAAUGGGUACACCAAAUCUGGUUCAGUGUUCCCCAAACUGGAAUUAAUUGAUUUCCUCAUUGGUUAAUUGAAGAAUUUAUUUGAGGAACUUGAUUUCCUUACUAGUUCUCUAAGAAAGAAUUUCAGAACCAAACCCAUUGCCUUACAGUUGAUUCCAACUCAUGCUGACCCCACAUGUUACAGAGUAGAACUGCUCCAUAGGGUUUUCUUGACUGUAAUCUUUACAGAAGCUGAUUGCCAGGCCUUUUUCCACAGUGCCACUGAGUAGGUUCAGACUGCUAACCUUUAGGUUAGUAAUUAGGUUAGUAGCCAAGUACAAAUCAUUUGUGCCACUCAGAGACCUGUUAAGAUAUAAGUACAUCACUCCCAAAUUAGCGUUAAUUUUGCUCAGAGACAGCAUAAUAUUGCCUCAAAUAUGAGUUUUGAUGUGAUUUCACCCUCAGUAUUUUUGUGGUUAGGAGAACUGGACUCCUUCCUGAAUCUCACUUUCAAGAAUAAUGACAUUAUCUAGCACUAUCCAAAUCAGCCAGAAUAAGCUACGCCAACUCCAAAUCUCUCAUCUAUUAAAAAUGGGGAGAGAAAAUGUAUGAGAAGAUUUCAGUGCUUGCUACAGUAGACCCUCAAUAAAUGUUUGUUGUAUUAAAUAUAACUGACUUUUCUUUAUGUGAAAGGAAAAGUCUUUGACUGUAGAUCAGAUUUCCAUCUUGUGGCAAUACAAGAUAUAAUUCCACAAAAUAAUAAAUUUACAUAUUUCAAAAUAAAAACUUCAUACUUCUUUUUUUUUUUAAUCUUUUUAACUUUUCAUUUUUCAAGAAGUAGAUCACCAGGCCUUUCUUUCAAGGCACCUCUGAGUGGACUCCAGCCUCCAACCUUUCAGUUAGUAACCCAGUGCAAUGAACUUAAGUCUUAUGAAUUCACAAUGAAAUUUGAAUAUAGGUGAAGAGCAGCUUUAUUUUGUAAGGCCAAGCUAGUGAGGCCUGGGGCAUUUGGGCUACAAUUAGAGUUAUCGAACUGUGCCUUUGUAUACUUUGUAUGCUGAUGCCUUCAGGAAUACUGGUCGGAAAGGGUAAUGAGAUGAAGGCUACAUGGCCCCAGAUAAUUACGAUUUUUUUGUUUCUUAUGUCUAUAUUGAGUCCUUUUUUUCUGCUCCUCCCUCACUAUCUGACUGUCAGCUACCACUUUUUGAACUUCAUACAUCUUAAUGGGAAUAAUCUUGGAUGGAGGUGGUUUUCCACAGAUGAAAUGCGUAACUGAUAUUCAAAUCGAAAUCGUUAUUAUUCGUAAUGCAACAUCAUUUUAGCACCACUUUGGUGCUCUGAGAAUAGGUUGAUACAGACCGGAUGUUGUUGCCUUCAAGAGUAGCAAUUCCAUCGUUUAUAAAAGGCGGUGAGGAGCCGCAAGCCUCUCAAAAGGAAAAUGAGGUGAGGUUCCUUUAAGAAGGUAAGGCCCGCUCGCCCCGCCCUAUGUACCUGAGGGGUACCUUGGGCUAGGUGAGGAACAUUGAACUACAUUUCCCAUCGGUCCCUGCCGGCCUCCGCGCCUGCGCACUGGCAGCGAAGGGUGGCCCGCCAAACUCCCGCGCUCUCGGGCCACCUCGCCCAGCCCCAGCUCACCUCGCCUCAGCCCGGGACAUGGAGGGCGUCGCGGCGGGCGGCACGAGCACCGCCAAGGCUGAGGGAGCCGCCGCGACGCCGCCCCCGCCGCCCGCCUCCCCGCCGGCCCUCACCCCCGCGCCCGCCGCCGACGAGGAGGGCCCACUGCCUUUGCCCGAGGCGGGGGCUCCUGGCUGCUCGGGCUCCCGGCCCCCUGAGCUGGAGCCGGAGCGCGGCCUGGGCCGUUUGAGAGGCGGCUUCGAGGACGAGGACGAGGAGCUGGAGGAGGAUGAGGAGCUGGAGGAAGAAGAGGAGGAGGAGGAGGAGGAGAUGGGCCACUUCUCGCUGAGGCUGGAGGGCCGGCCGGACUCGGAGGACGAGGAGGAGCGCCUGAUUAACCUCUCUGAGCUGACCCCAUACAUCUUGUGUUCCAUUUGCAAAGGUUACUUAAUAGAUGCAACUACCAUUACAGAAUGCCUUCAUACCUUUUGUAAAAGCUGCAUUGUGAGACAUUUUUACUAUAGCAACAGAUGUCCAAAAUGCAACAUCGUAGUACAUCAGACACAACCUCUUUAUAACAUAAGGUUGGACCGACAGUUACAAGACAUAGUAUACAAAUUAGUGAUCAAUCUAGAGGAAAGAGAAAAAAAGCAAAUGCAUGAUUUCUAUAAAGAAAGAGGUCUAGAAGUGCCUAAGCCUGCUGUUCCACAGCCAGUUCCUUCAAGUAAAGGAAGAUCUAAGAAGCCCCUGGAAUCAGUGUUUCGUAUUCCACCUGAACUUGACAUGUCUUUAUUACUGGAGUUCAUUGGUGCUAAUGAAGGUACGGGACAUUUUAAGCCAUUGGAAAAGAAGUUUGUCCGAGUUUCAGGAGAAGCCACUAUUGGGCAUGUAGAAAAAUUCCUCCGAAGAAAAAUGGGCCUCGAUCCAGCUUGUCAGAUAUCAUCUGUGGUGAUCACCUGUUGGAGCAGUAUCAAACUCUAAGGGAAAUCAGACGUGCAAUAGGCGAUGCAGCAAUGCAGGAUGGUCUGCUUGUCCUUCAUUAUGGCCUUGUGGUUUCUCCUCUGAAAAUAACUUGAAGAAUCUAGAAGUAUUAUGAGGGAAACAAAGUGAGGAGGCUUCUGCAGGACUGCAUCUCACCAAAGAUUUCUACGAAACAUGUAAUUGCUACCACUUUGUGCUGUUUGAGUUACAAUUUAUCUAUUUUCAGCACUAAGAACCAUAGCGUUUAUAAGUACAACUUAGAAUGAUGGAAUGCACUAUUUUACUAGAGACUCUAUAUAAAAACCAUCCAUAGCUCAGGGGGAAUAUUCCAAAACAUUGAAUUUUAAAAUUCCUUUUGAUUUAAGAUACUCUGACAGUAAUUUUGCCUCCUUAUUUCUGAGGCAAAUCAGUUACCAUGUUCUUCUUUGAGCCAUAUCCCUUUCAAGUUGAUGGUUGGGAUUCUGCUCUCAGGGGUGGCAUCAGUUGGUCACUCAUCCUUUUGGAAAAGAAGUACGCUUUUGAACUAAAGAUACAAAACCAGUCUUUGUUAAUUACAGGGUGUGUUCUCAGACAAAGACCAAAACUAUUGGCCACUUUUGCAUGUUGCCAUCAUAUUUCCAACUUGUAUUUUUUUUUUUUUUUUUUGUAGCAAUACUACUAAAGGGAUAUUACUCAAUUCUAAAAUGAAUGAAUUAGCAACUUUUUGUGUGACGAGACUGUCUUCUUUAGGGUUAUGGCCCGUACCAUAAGCCUUCAUUCAAUGUAAUGAGGCUUCUUGAAUCUUUUCUACAGCAAGGGGACUCUUUGGUAUGACAUGUUAGUUUGGUUACCGUUUAUUUCAUUGGAGUGCAUACUGUGGUGGUUCAUCCUCUAUAAUGGCACGGCUUCCGAAAGCAAUAGAAAAUUUACGUGAAUUCGAGAAAUUUACAGAAUAUGUGCUCAUUCUUUGUUUCCUCAUGAAGUCAGUUUAAUGUUCAUUUUCCCAUUACUUUUUUCAAUCAUUUAUAGGAUAAAGGUGCUUGUGAGACCACUCACUUGCAUGCAGACUUCAGUUUUAAACAUUAUUUUGCCUAAAAUAAUUGUGAUGCUUUUUAAAAGAAAUAUUUGUAGACUGUUUCACAGCAAAUUUCCAAGCCUAUAUAGAUAGAAAUGAUUAUGAAAUUCGGCAAGGAUUGGCAGUUGUUUUAUAAAGAAUUAGUUAAUUGUGUAUAAAUCUCUUCUAACAUAUAAAUAAAAAUUUAUUUUAACCUAUUUUGAAAUGUUAGUGUUUACUAUGGACUUUUUAAAAUAACUAAAGCCCUUUAAAAGACAGGGUGUCUGAAUCAAAGUUAAACUUUACCAUCAAAUAGAUAUUUAAUAAUUAUCUUUACCUUCAUUGAUUGUACUGGAUGCUGACAAUGGACAGAAUUGCAGCUAUGGAGUUCAUUGCCUCUUAAAUGUUUCUUGCACAAAUUACAUAAUAUUAUUUAUUUUUACCCAAAGCAAUCUACAGAUACAAUGCUAUCCUGAUCCAAAUACCAACAGCAUUCUUUAACGAGAUGAAAAAACUAAUCAUCAACUUUAUAUGGAAGGGAAAGAGGCCCCAGAUAAGUAAAGCAUUAUUGAAAAAGAAGAACAAACUAAGAGGCCUAGCACUACCUGACCUUAGAGCCUACUACACGAUAAUGGUACUCAAAACAGCCUGGUACUGGAACAACAGACACACUGACCAAUGGAACAGAAUCGAGAACCCGGAUGUAAAUCCAUCUACUUAUGGCCACCUGAUCUUGGGAAAAGGCCCCAAAUCUAUUAAAUGGCGAUAAGACAGUCCUUUUAACAAAUGAUGCUGCCAAAACUCUGUCAAUCUGUAAAAAAAUGGAACAGGACCCAUACCUUACACCAUAUACAAAAACUGAUUCAAAAUGGAAAAAAGACCUAAACGUAAAACCAAAAACUAUAAAGAUCAUGGAAGAAAAAACAGAGUCAACACUAGGGGUCCUAAUAUACAGCAUAAACAACAUACAAACAAUAAUUAACAAUACAUGAACACCAGAAGAUAAGCUAGAUAAAUGGGAUCUCCUAAAAAUUAAACACUGAUGCUCAUCAAAGCACUUCACCAAAAGAGUAAAAAGAAAACCUACGGACUAGGAAAAAAAUUUUGGCUAUGACAUAUCCGACGAAGGUCAAAUCUCAAAUCUAUAGGAAACCCAAAUACCUCUACAGCAAAAAAUAAAUAAUCCAAUUAAAAAAUUGGCAAAGAAUAUGAAUAGACACUUCACCAAAGAAGACAUUCAGGUACCUAACAGACACACGAGGAAAUGCUCUCGAUCGCUAGCCAUUAAAAACAAAAAAAGUUGCUGUCAAGUCAAUUUUGACUCAGAGUGACCCUAUAGGACAGAGUAGAACUGCCCCAUAGGGUUUCCAAGGAGCGCCUGGUAGAUUCGAACUGCCAACCGUUUAGUUAGCAGCUGUGGCUCUUAACCACUAUGCCACCAGGGCUUCUGACUAGCCAUUAAAAACCAAACCAAACCCAGUGCCAUCAAGUUGAUUCUGACUCAUAGCGACCCUAUAGGACAGAGUAGAACUGCCCCAUAGAAUUUCCAAGGAGCGCCUGGCAGAUUCGAACUGUCGACCCUUUGGUUAGCAGCCGUAGCACUUAACCAGUAUACCACCAGGUUUCUGACUAGCCAUUAGGGAAAUGCAAAUCAAAACUACAAUGAGAUACCACCUCACCCUGACAGUACUGGCAUGAGUCAAAAAAACAGAAAAUAAAUGUUGGAGAGGUUGUGGGGAGAGUGGAAUUCAUAUACACUGCUGGUGGGAUUGCAAAAUGGUACAACCAGUUUGGAAGACAGUAUGGUAGGGCACUUCCUUAAAAAGCUAGAAAUAGAAUUACUAUAUGAUUUAGCAGUCCCACUUCUAGGAAUAUAUCCUAGAGAAAUAAGAGCUGACACAUGAAUAGACUUGCACACCCAUGUUCAUUGUAUCAUUCACAAUAGUAAAAAGAUGGAAACAACUCAAGUGCCCAUCAACAGGAAUGGAUAAGCAAACUAUGGUACAUGCACACAAUGGAAUACUUCACAAUGUUAAAAAGCAAUGAUGAACCUGUGAAACAUCUCAACAUGGAUGAAUCUGGAGGGCAUUAUGCUGAGUGAAAUAAGUCAAUCACAAAAGGACAAAUACUGUAUGAGACCACUAUUAUAAAAACUCAUGAAAAGGUUUACACACAGAAAGAAGCAAUCUUUGAAGGUUAUGAGGGAGGGGAGGAGUAGGGAGGAAACAGCACUAGAUAGUAAAUAAAUGGUAACUGGUGAAGGGUAAGAUAGUACACGAUACCGGGAAAGUCAGCACAGUUUGACCAGGACAAAGCCAUAGAAGCUCCACAGGCACAUCCAAAUGCCCUGAGAGACUGAGCUACUGGGCUGAGGGCUGGGGACCAUGGUCCUGGGGAACAUGCAGCUCAACUGGCAUAGCAUAGUCAAUAAAGAAAAUGUUCUACAUCUGACUGUGGCAAGGAGCGACUGGGGUCUUAAAACCCUGUGAGUGGCCAUCUAAGAUACAUCUACUGGUCUCAUCCUGGCUGGAGCAAAGGAGAAUGAAGAAGACCAAAGACACAAGGGAAAGAUUAGUCCAAAGGACUAAUGGACCACAACUACCACAACCUCCACCAGACUGAGCCCAGAACAACUAGAUGGUGCCUGGUUACCACCACCGACUGCUCUGGCAGGGAUCACAGAAGAGGAUCCCAGACAGAGCAGAAGAAAAAUGUGGAACAAAAUUCAAAUUCACAUAUAGAAAAAAAGGACCAGGAUUGCUGGUUUGACAGACAUUGGAGAAGCCCCAAGAUUAUGGCCCUGGACACCCUUCUAACUCAGUACUGAAGCCACUCCUGAGAUUCACUCGCCAGCCAAAGAUUAGACAGGUCUACAGGGCCAAGAGUAACACACAUGAGGACCAUGCUUUAUAGUUCAAUCAUGUAUACAAGGCUAAUGGGCACACCAGCCCAAAAGCAAAGACAAGAAGGCAGGAAGGGGCAGGAAACUGAAUGAAUGGAAAGAGAGAAUGAAAAGGGGAGAGUACUGACACAUUGUGAGGUUGGCAACCAAUGUCAGAAAACGAUUUGCAUAUUAACUUUAAUGAGAAGCUAAUUUGCAGUGUAAACUUUUACCUAACUUACAAUUAAAAAAGAAAAUACCGUGAAAAAUAUAUAUUAUUUAUUUUUAUUCCAUGGUAACAUAUUUGUGUCAGGGGUCCCUAAAGACCACCCUCAUGUUCAGUGAUUCACUAGAAGGACUCACAGGACCCAGAAAAGCUCUUUUAUUCAUCGUUACAGUUUAUUAUAGCAAAAAGAUACGUGCAUAGGCUGGAAUCCAGGAGAAACCAUGCAAAAACUUCUAGUUGUCCUCUCCCAGUGGAGUAUAUGGACAGCGCUUAAUUUUCCCAGCAACAAUGUACAAAAUGUAUAAAGUGUUGCCAACCAGGGAAGCUCACCCAAGCCUUGGUGUCCAGAGAUUUUAUUGGGAGUCAGUCUCGUAGACAUGCAGUACCUGUGUGACUGAACUCAGCUACUCAAACCUCAGCUCCCCACGCUGAUACAGUAUGGCCCAGUAUCCUAAGUAUACAAAAGCAAACAUUCAUCAUAAAUCACAUUGUUGUCAUAAACUGUUUAUGGCCUCAGCUAUACAAAUACGCUCUUAUUUGGAAGGAUAUUCUAACAGCUCAGGGGUUAUAUCCCAGAAGCCAGUCAGGGGCUAGUCUUGAAGACCUUUGGAAUAUGCAGGGUUUGGACAACUCAGGCUUGCUGAAUUAAUGCUGUACAGGUACUACACAAUACCCCAUGUCAAAAAUCCAGUAUUUAGAUACUGAGGUAUAACUCACACUUCAUAAAUAGCUAGAUCUUCAGUAGCUACUUUAAAAAAACUUAGAAUGUCCUAUUUCUAAUAGGAAGGUUGACUGGGACAAAGAGAAGAGAUGCUAGCUUUUAAAGAUUAUUAUUUUUAGUUCCUAGAUGUAGUGCUUUUCAAAUAUCAAAGAUUUUACCACCAGUUUUAAUGAAAAGAGUAUCCCCACUGAGGCUCAUCUGCAGACUUCAAGUAAACUUUCACCUUCCCCCACCCAAAAAACCCAGCGCCAUUGAGUCGAUUCCGACUCAUAGCAACCCUAUAGGAAAGAGUAGAACUGCCCCAUAGAGUUUCCAAGGAGCGCCUGGCAGAUUUGAACUGCCGACUCUGGUUAGCAGCUGUAGCACUUAACCACUGUGCCACCAGGGUUUCCCCUUCUCUCUAUAUUCCUCACAUAACUAUCCCCAUUCAUAAAUUAUUGUAACAUGUGAAAAUACUUAUUUUUAAAGUAGAAUAUAAAAUGUAAUUAUUUAAUAAACACUCCUGCAAAUAAACCAAAGCAGUCUUUGUUUCUUAAACAGUUUACAAGGUAGACAGGUCUCUUAAGAAUCUAAUAAAAGGCAGAUACUGGUAAAUACUGUGAGAGCCGCAAAGAGCUCUACACUUUUCCUUUUCCUCUUUACUGAACUUGACCCCCAAGAAUCCCAAAGAACUAAGUAGAUACCUGGUUGUAUCUACCUGGCCUGUUCUUACUACUAGGCAGUAAACUAAAUAAUGAGGGAUUCUGAUUGAUUGGUUUAUAAAUCUGCAGCCAUUCUCAAAAACCAGUGUUAUAUCUUGGGACUACAUCAAUAGAAAUACAGUUUUGCAUCAAGGGAGUUAAUAGUUCUACAGUGCAUUUAAGGAGCCCUGGUGGCACAGUGGUGAAGUGCUCAACUGCUAACUGAUAAGUUAGUGGUUAGAGCCUACCAGUCACUCUGCUGUCAUAAAGAUUACAGCUUUGGAAAUCCUAUGGGACAGUUCUACUCUGUCCUAUAGGGUCACUAUGAGUCAGAAUCCACUCAAGGGGGACAGGUUUGGGUUUUGGUCCAGUGCAUUUUGUGUCUAGUUCUGGGUAGCAUACUUCAAAGGCCUGACAGAUGGGAAGGUUUCUAGUAGUGGGCAUUAAGAUGGGGGACAUUUAGAAGGAGAAGCCUAGACACCAAAAAACAAAAGCAGGGGUUGAGCAACUACAGAUGGUUAACUAGGAGAGGAGAAAACUUAGGUGGGGUUGGGGAGGGAAUACGUCAUAACUGUCUUCAAAUAAUAAGUGUCAAAGACUUACAAAAGGGGAAAAUCGUUAGCAAGAACAAACAAAUGCCCUGUUUGAUUUUGGUUUUGUCAUUCGUGUUUCCGCACUUAACCUGCUCCCUCAGUAAACAAGCACAGGGCCUGGGUAGAGUUUAGCUUUGUUGCUACUAGCAGCAGUGUGAUGGUUAAGGUUAUGCAUCAACUUGGCAGGGCCAUGAUUCUCAGUGGUUUGGUAAUUAUGAUGUAGUUUGCCGGUUAGGUAAUGAUGUAAUCACCUCCAUCAUGAGACCUGAUACAAUGUAAUCAUCUCCAUUAUGAGAUCCGCUGUGAGCAGACAAUCAGUUGAAACGGAGUUUCUUUGCUGGUGUGGCCUACAUCCAAUAUAUAUGGACUUUCUGGCAAAGUUUGCUGGCUUUUGCUCUGCUCUGGAUUCUGUGUUUGAUUUGUCAUCACCUGACCUCCAGCUCUUGGAAUUGAGCUAGCAGCCUGCCGUCUUAACCUACCAAUCUUGGAUUCCUCAGGUCCUUCAGCUACAUGAGUCAGUAGAAGCCUCCAGCCUGAUGCCUGACCCACGGACUUGGGACUUUCCAGCCUCUACAACUUAAGCCAUUUUCUCUCUCUCUCUCUGUGUAUGUGUGUGUGUUAUACACUUCACUGGUUUUGUUCUUUAGAGAAUCCAGCCUAAGACAUUUGGUACUGAGAGUGGUUCUAGAGAAACAAAAUUGUAAGGGUGAGUUUUCUAAAUUGGUGCUCAAGUCUGGUUAGUUUUAAAGAUGUUGAUGAAUCUGGUUACAGCAGUGAAUCCAUGGUGUGAGGUGGCAAUAGAAAUACACAAAAUAUCACCACCAGUAAAUCAAGUAUUGGUGAGAGGUGAGGCUCUGGAUGAUCACAUGUUUGAUACUUUUCUAUAAUUUUGUCAGAAUGAGAAGUAUAAGGAAGCUGGUUGGUUGGUCCUACUUUCACUAGACAAAGUGGUGAAAGAAAGAGAUGAACUCAGGGCUUCAGAAUCAAAGCUCAAGUGCCAAAUAAACAACCUCUAAGUUGCUACUUGUGCCCUGAAAGAAAGGCUUAUUUCUCGUAGAAACAUAGCUGACAUGGCCAAAAAGCUAACCCAGAGUCUUAUUGUAAGAGUGGCUGAAUUACAUUAUCAGUUGAAUUUUCGACCUCGAAUGGUGUCUGAAGUUACAGUGUGGGCAUUGAUUGGGAAGAAAUGGGAUCCUGAAACGGAGAUGGGGACAUAUGGGCAGAUAAUCAGGAAGCUAGGGACACUGAGCCCCUAAAUUCCAUUGAAUCGCUCCUGCCAACAAAACCAUUAGCCCUUCCAUCCCCAACUGAUGAGACUGACCCAGCUGUGUCUGAAGAGCCUUUGUCUGAGAUAUCACCUGGGGCAGAAUCUGAGUCAUUGCCUGGGGCAUCGCCUGAGUCAGAUGCCCUACAAGACAUUGCUGAAUGUUCUCAAAAUACACCCCCACCAUCCAUUUUUGCUUCUAGAGCUAUAACUAGACUUAAGUCUCAGUGAGCCCCAAAAGGUGAAAUACAAAGUGUGACCCAGGAGGAGGUACACUACACUCCAAAAGAACUGCUUGAGUUUUCUAAUAUGUACAAACAGAAACCAAGGGAAUAUGUAUGGGAAUGGCUAUUAAUGGUGUGGCAGAAUGAUGCAAGGAACAUAAAAUUAGAUCAGUCUGAGUUUAUUGAUAUGGACCCACUAAGCACAGAUUCUUCAUUCAGUGUUUCAGCUUGAGAGGUUAGGAAAGGAUCUAGUAGUUUAUUUGGUUGGUUUGCUGAAGCACAGAUUAUGGAGUGGCCUACACUAAAUCAAAUUGAAGUACCAGACCUGCCUUGGUAUACUGCAGAAGAAGGCAUCCACAGUCUUAGGGAAAUUGACAUGUUAAAGUGGAUUUAUCAGGUUAGAACCACACAGGGAGUGUCCAGAUGAUUCAACUUUUACCACAAUGAUAUGGAACAAAUUCAUGAAGGCUUCCAGCAUCCUUGAAGACUGCUAUGAUUGCUAUUUUAUGGAAGUCAAAUUUGACAGUGGAAGUUGCCCUAACUGAAUUAAGACACCUAACUACAAUGGGGCUGAUUGGACCAUAUGGUGGUAGGUCACUCAAUCAACAAAGACAAGGUGGGUGUGGUUACCAUAAUGGACAGCGGAGUCCAAGCAGUAAUCAGAAUAGUCUGACUUGUAUGGACUUAGGACGUGGGCAACUUAGUCAUGGUGUCACUAGGAGUGAAGUAGAUGGGAAAUCUAAAUAUCUAGUUGAUCUGUACAAGCAGAAGAAUUCUAGGUCAAGUGAACAGCAGUCUAGUGCAAAUCACCAGAAUAGAGAGUCAUGGCCCCUCAAUCAAUUCCCAGAUUUGAGUGAGCUUACAGACCCACAACCCCUUGAAUGAAGGGGAGGCUGGAUCCCCUUAAGGAAGGACCA